UGGCUCAAUCACUAACGUCUCUUCUCUGUCUCACUUCUUCAUCGCAUCUUUCUUUCAUUCGCAAACACAAGCAAGAAACCGCCAAAUUUUAACCGGAGUAACCGUUAAAAACCAUAUUUUAUUCAUGCCAGAGAAUCACCGGAGCACGGUGGAUGAGGAAAACGAGCAAGAGCCAGCCUUUGUCCGAGAGACAGGACAUGGCUAUGGUCUCUACGGUCAUCUUGAGAUUCACAACAACGACGAAAACGAUAACAGUGACAACGAUCAAUUUUACUACAGAAGCGACGCUUAUGGAAAUCGCGAUGGUAGAUUUAAGUAAAGAGAUUGAUAUUUGUUUGUUUUAGAUUUAAUUAUGUUUCAUUUUGUUAGAAAUUUUCUUUUUCAUUCGGACGAGUAACCAUAAAGUUAUGUAGUAACCAUAAAAUCUUGUCAAGGCUCUCGGAGUCGGAGCGUAACCGCAAAAAAGUUUCCUUUGUUACCGCUGGUUCUAUUCGUUCUGACCUUGUGUUUCCAUCACCCGUAGCUUCUCAGAUCUCGAUUUCGGUCGUCGUCGUAUGAUUUUUUCUCACCGUUUUGUAGCUGUGUUCUUCCUCCGAUGUAACAUGUAGCGUUGCCCAAGUUGGGAAAGAUUAAUAUAAUUUUAAUUUAAAA